UUUCUUGUUGAAAGUUUCCAUUGCUGAAAAUGACGGCGACGGCGGACCGGGUUGGUCCGGUAUGGGAUCGGGUUCGGGCCGGGUUGCGGGAGCUGGAGGAGCUGGCGAGGGGCCAAGUCGAAGCGAGAGCAGCGGAGAUUGCAGAAGAUAAGAGACGGCUGAAGCUUCUAGAAUUGAGAAUUGAUGAGAAGAAUAGGGAGGUUUGUGCUAAGGAGGAGAGGAUAGAGGAGCUUGAGAGUUCCGCGAGAAAUGCGGAUGUGAAGUUGAGAGAGGAGAGGUUGAGGAAUUUGGAGGAGUUGAGUAAGAAAUGUGAUGAGGAGGUGAGGUUGAAGAAGGGGAGGAUUCAUUUGAUUCAGAAAUCGAUGGUGCAAUGCUCGAAUACGUUGGAAGCGAGGGAGAGGAAGAUCAGGGAGCUUGAGUUGAUUGAGGAGAGGGUGAGGGGUUGCAUUGGUGAGGCUGAGGUGAGAGCUAAGGAUUUGGAUUCAGUGGAAAAAUCUAUGAGGGAAGAGAGAGUCGAGUUGGAUUUAGCUCGGAAGGCAUUAGAGGAGCGUGAGAAGAGUUUGGAGUUGCUAGGAGAGAGGCUUGAGCACAAGGCUACUGAGAUUGAGCUGAGAGAGAGGCAAGUUGAGGGGAUCAAUGCGCGUCUUAGUGAGGUUGAAUUGAGGGAGAAGAUGAUGGAAUCGGUUGAGAAAACAAUACAGAAGGACAAGAAGCAUUUGGAGGUGCUGCAAAACUCGGUAGCAGCGCGAGAGGAGCAGUUAAUUUCACUGCAAAGAUCGGUGCAGGAUCGUGAGAAUAACUUGUUUUUACUUCAAACUUCGGUGCAUGAGCGUGAGAGAGAUUUGGAUACACUAUCCAAUGGACUUGAAAGGAGGGAAAGGGAACUUGAAAUGCAGAGUAAAGAGCUUGAGUUGAAGCAGCAACAAUUUGAUUCGCAGAGGACGGGUAAGCAAGUGGAACCAACUCUUGCUCCUAACAAUGUUACUGCUGUAACAUCUACAAGUGAUCAAUCCCAGAUCAUGGAUGGUAGAAGCUUACAGUUGUUUAUGAAUGAGCAAGUGGCAAAAAUUGAUUUGGCAGGUGGCUUAGUUUUAAGUGUACUUCAAGCAUCACCAGAUCCUGCAAGAUUGGUUUUGGAUGCAAUGCGAGGGUUUUAUCCCUCAAAUCCUAUUGCGCAAGACAAAGAGUUUGAGUCUCAGUUGAGGGUUGUAAGAAAGAGUUGUAUUCUCUUGCUACAGGAGUUGAGGAAUAUGUCACCACUAAUUAUUCCUCAGGUGAGAGAAGAAGCAGGAAAACUGGCAGCUGAUUGGGAACAGAAGAUGGUAGUUGAUGAUAGUUGGGAGGCUUUGGUCUUUUUGAGGCUUAUCACGACGUAUGAAUUGACAAGUCUUUAUGAUCUGAGGGAGCUUCGAAGUCUUCUUGCUAUGGUUUCUCAACCAGAACAAGCUGCUGAAUUAAGUAGGGAACUUGGUAUCACAGAUGAGACACCAGUGGCAAACGUCAUUUCUUCCAUUGUCAAGACUGAGCGAUCAGAGUCUUUGCUGCCUAGAGAUGAAGCAACUCUUUCUGCUUCAAAUAAUCAAAUACAGAAUGAAAACAUUGUUUCUCUUCCUUCCAUUGUCAAGAUUGAAAGACCAGAAUCUUCUCUUGCUAGAAACGUAGCAACUCUUUCUUCACCAAAUAAUUAUUUACUGCAAAGUCUGUUGAUUACUCUUCAGUCAUCAUCAGACCCCUCAAAACUUGUGUUAGAUAUGGUGCAACGGUCUUUUACGUAUUACUCGCGAAACAGAAAUGUGGGUUCCAAAGGAAGGGUAGUAUCAAGUAACAUUUCUCUAUUGAAGAUGCUAUUGGGACUCUCAACACAUGUUGUAUCACAUCUGAAAGAAUAUGCCACAAAUGUAGCAUCACAGUGGAAAGCACAGUUGAUAGCUGAUACUGAAGAAUCAGAGGAGAGUUUGGGAUAUUUGCUGUUUAUAGCUGUGUACGGAUUGCUUGCAACCUUACAUGAAGAUGAGAUUGUAAUGCUUCUUAGGAGGCUUUCGCAGCAUAAACAGUCUCUAAAGUUAUGUCGGACACAUCCAUUUGCAGAUUACAUCCCUGGUUAG